CGUGGCGCAGCCGGAGAGCCCGGAGCGCCGGAGAGUGGAGAUGGCGGAGGAGAGAGGAGGGAAGCGGAGGAAGCAGGCGAACCCACGCAGGAACAGAGUUGAUACAGAGUGCUCUCUAGACUCUGAGGGAGAGGAUGAGGGGUGUGUGUGGGGGACGGACACGCAGGAUGAAAGAAACGGGCAACAUAAGAUGAGUGUGACGGCCAGCAAGGGCACAAAGCCCAGCAGCCCUGCUCGCUUCACCCGUGCCCACAGCCUGAGCCCUCCUGACGAGCAUUGGGACGAGACCACUGCCCUCCCAACCACACCCGGGGAGACAGACCACACUGCACAGAGCAUGUACACGCAGAAAGAUGCCCAUGUGCUGGAGGACUGGGCUCGUUAUGACUUCCUCAUGCAGCUGAGAAAAGAGACCCACCUUCCCCGUUCACGACACAACCAACAGAUCAACGGCUCCAUGACCUCCUACAACACUGGUGCUAUGCAGGAAGAAACAUCAUCCACCCUGUCGCCAGGCGUUGAGGAGUCACCUGACAGAAAAGCAGAUGCAGACCCCGUGAGCCCUGAUCCCACACGGACAGCAGUGCAGAUGUGCCCAUUUUGCCAACGGUCAUAUCGGUGUGAGACAUCUCUUAGAGAACACAUGAAGUUGUGCCAGGAGAGGGAAGGAGGACACGGCGUGUGCCGACUCUAUGGGUACAGCACUCCCUACAGGGCACAGAUGGAGCGGCACCUGGCACUGCAUGCGCAGACUCAGGACAAGAAUCCAGCGUCUGGUCCCACCAUGGAAAGCAGGAAGUUUAAAUGUACACAAUGUGGGAAAGCCUUUAAAUACAAACAUCAUCUCAAAGAGCACCUACGCAUUCAUAGUGGUGAGAAGCCCUACGAGUGUUCCAACUGUAAGAAGCGUUUCAGUCACUCAGGCUCCUACAGUUCACACCUUAGCAGUAAGAAGUGCCUCAGUGGGGGUGGGUCAGGGAACGGAGCAUAUUUUAAUGGUCACUCCCAUCCCGCCUACCUCUUCCCCUCCCCUACGUCGCCCCCUGGAGUUGGAAGCAGGAACACAAGCAGAGGAAAAAGCUCUCCUUAUGGCCCGCUAAGCCAGUGCUUCACAGAGCAGCUGCCCACUCAGGGACAGGAACCCAUUACCUCUACGCUACGAGCUCCACAGGGGUGGUCAGGAGUGUUUAAAGGGACCACUCUUUUGCCCUUGCUGCAUUCCGGCGGAAAGUUUGAACACCUUCUGCAGGAAAUGCUGAGAAAGGAGGUAGGGAAAGAGGAUCAGCGAGGGAAGGAAGAAGGAGAGGAGGAAGAAGAAAGAGAGAGGAGAAGUGAGAUAUCUGUUGGUGCCGUGUCGUGCCAGUGGUGCUUGCAGAUUUUCCCGAAUGAGGUAGUUCUGAAGCAGCACGAAAGAUAUCUGUGCAGGAACAACGACGGACACAAUGCUGAACAGUUGCAUUCCCGCAGAGAAGGAUCACCACUCAACUUCUCUCGCUCCUCACAGGUCCCUCACGACAUCCAGAAAACACCAUCCACCCCAAAUGGACUGCCUAGAGAUCUCUCUUCCCCUCACAGGGCAUCCUGGCACUCCGUCCCACAGCAAAUCCUCGUGCCACUACAGUCAUCUGUGCACCUCCGCCUAGAUCUUGGACACCACUAUUGGCCGAACAAAGAAACCAGCAGUCCCAGAAACUCUACUCUUAUGAGUCCCACCUCACCUUCACUACAAGAACGCCGACACCCACUCUCCUCAGGUUUCAGCUCCCCACCCUGCCUCGACCUGUCAGUCACCACGUCACCAUGUCGAACCACCCAACACAGGCCGUCCCCCAGAUCGGAGGGUUGCCAGAGCGAGCCCUUAGACCUCUCCAUUCCCAAAACUCGCACACGCUCCAGGGAGGCCAAAGAAGGAGCUUGCAACGGCAGUUCUCCCCAGACAGAGCGGAGGGAUGUGGAGAGCGUGUUUAGGAGGUUAACUCCACCUUCUCAGCACCAAGCGAGUGGGGGCUAUACGCCAUUACUCGGUAGUGCAGUUUUCAGCAGGUUUCCCCUUUUCAAUCCUGUCAUCCCAAGUUGCCUCGCAGGGAUGGGGCAUAACGGUCUUACGUCGCUUCCUCUUACACCACCAGCCCCCAGCCCCGGAUUUCUCUCGCCUAUGACAUAUAUGCUGGAGGCGGAGUCAGAGGCAAUGAGGAAAAGAAUACAGCAGGAAACAAAUGCCAUGGGUGAACCACUAAAUCGGGCAUGUCUGGACUACUUCUCUCUGAUGGAGGAGGGAUUAGAUGGUGAUAAUGGGCCAGGGAGAAAGAGACUGAGGAAGACAGAGGAAGGACUAUAUGCUUGUGACAUCUGUGACAAAAGUUUCCAGAAGAGCAGCUCUCUGCUGCGCCACAAAUAUGAACACACAGGGAAGCGUCCCCAUGAGUGCCAGAUCUGUAAAAAAGCAUUUAAACACAAGCACCAUUUGAUCGAACACAGCCGGCUGCACUCUGGAGAAAAGCCCUACCAAUGUGAUAAGUGUGGGAAACGUUUCUCUCACUCAGGCUCCUACUCACAGCACAUGAACCACCGCUAUGCUUUCUGCAGUCGAGACCAUGACACAGACGGCCCUGGAGAGGAGCUUGUGAUGGGGGAUGUGGCCCUCUACCCAAGCCCACGCAGGGAGCUUAAUCCUGAAGCAGAAGAAGCUCCUCUCAGCUUGGAGGAGACAGCCACAAUCCUCAGCGAUUCCAGUCUGGACGGCGCUCCGUUAGGCCUAAGAGUGGAGGAUGAGGAAGAGGAGAGCUCACUCAGUAACCAUGCCCACGAGAGAAGAGUGGAGAGAAGAACAGGGACAGAGGAGAGGAGUGGAAGCCUGGAACAGACAAGUGAAGAAAGCGAGGAGAAGAAGGAAGAAGAAAGUUCAGGGGAUGAAGGACAGGACACAAAAAAGACUCAUCACUGCAAUAAAAUUAAAGUAGAGCAGAAUGGAGAUGAAGAUAGCAACAGGCAAGAGAUGGAUAUAGCGAAAGUAUGAAACUGCUGGAUGUGAAAAAUAACAUUUCAGCUUUAAGUUGACUUACCAAAGAUGUGAACAUGCACAUAUGGAUUGCACUGCACAGUGGAAAGAAGAAUUCAGUACCUUCUCCCAUGAGUGCUAAGAGGCCCAUCUCAUGUUGGACAGUAUGGAGGACACAGUGAAGACAGUGAAUAAAAACAAACAAGUGCCUUUAGAUCUAUGCCAAUGCAAAAUGUUAUUCAAAACCAUGCAAAACAUCCAUGCCAUUACAAUCAAUACAGUAACAUGCAAGGGCUGCACUGUGUAUUUGCUGAUUUCUACAUACUGUGUCCACAAAGCACUGUUGACCCCUACAGAUCACUCAAAGAUGCAAAACUGUGAACCAGUCAGUUUCAGAUUACAUUAGUAACGGGUUAUGCAACUAAUAUUUAAAAUCUAUCUUCUAUGAUCUUCUAUCUAAUUACAGGCACAGAUAUGAAAAUACAAGAUCAUGUUUUUUUUUCUUUUUUAUGUAUGGCGUAGCCCAAGCCCAAGUAAAAACUCUAAAUACAAGAACUGUUUCUAUUUUUUUCUUUACUUUUUUCCCUGCAAGCCAUUCACCACUGAGUGAGCUGAUAAGAGACCAGCCGCUGAGCUUCUAUAGUUUUCACUAUUUUAAUUAUGUUAACUUUGAACAAACUUAUAAAGUUAAUUGAUGUCUUUGUCUGUAUUGCCAAAACAUUAAAGCGAUAACUUAGUGCCAGACAUGAAUGUUAGCUCAUCUAACAUUUCAUGAGCUUUAUGCAUUAAAAAUACAACAGAAUCUAUAAGAAUUUGCACUCUUUAAUGUCAGUUUGUGUGUGCUGUCUGUGCUUGCAGUAAUAUUGUCAUUGACUUUGAAAAUCAAAAAACGCAGUAUUAUUGAGAAGUAUUAGUACAUAAGGAGACAAAAAGACAACUAAAAAGGGAAGAAAGAGAUAAAGAAACAAUCAAAGAAAGAAAAGAAAUAAAAGAUCCUAACAAUGUAUUUUCAAAACGUGCUACACAUGAGAAUCAUGCACAAUGUUACAUACUGCACUGAGCAAGACCACAGAAACACUCUGAGACAGAUUACCCUACAUUACAGCUUACUAUGGCGUGCUGCUGCUUAACCAUGCAACAGUUGAGCUAACAGCAUUGCAUCUGUAGCAUUCAAAUGGGAUAUGGUGCUUUUAUUCAGGUUUGGCUUCAGUUUCAUAAUCUUUUAUACUUGUUUAUAUAAACUCAGUGUUUACCUGUUAACAUGAAAAUGUUACCAAAUGUAUAUCCUUUUAAGCUAUUUGAAUAAUGUGUCUAUUUUGCAUCAGUGUUACUUUUAUACAGAAUCAGUUAAGCUUUUUGUACCUUUCUACAGGCCUGAUUGUUUGCG